CGAAUAUUGAAUUGCGACCCGACAACGGAGAGGAGAAGCAUUUCUCUAGUUAAAAUCUGGCCAUGGAUCCCUAGCUUUUCCUUUGGCGGGAGAUUUCCCCAUUCCUCUCUCUCUCUCUCUGUGUCUGCUAAAUUUCACCCUCGUCCCUCAACCCCAACCUCUUCGUGCGUGCGUGUAGAUUUCUAGGGUUAAUCUUCUGGCCACAAACACUUGAAAAAGUCAUGGAGGAGGACCCGGCUCCACCAUCCGAAACCUCUACUCGCCGCUCCAAAAGGACUAGGGCUCAGGCUCAAACUACUGAGAACCGACCCAGUAAGGCAAAUGGUACUGGUGCUGAGAACCGUGACCGGGCCAGCGAAGCAAGUGACCAGGUGGACAGAGAGAGUUCUCCCGAAGAUGAUUUCGAGGACGCUGCUCCUAAGACUAAGCGUAAUCGUGCCUCCGAUGGAACUUCGGCCUUGGCUUUCAAAGCCACCGACCAGAGCUUAAUUGAGGUCAUCAAAGGUAAUGGCAAACUUAUUCCUCAAGUGGUAAAGCUUUGGGUUGAGCAAUAUGAAAAAGAUCCAAAACCUGCAAUGGUUGAGCUCCUGAUGAUGCUGUUUGAGGCAUGUGGAGCUAAGUACUAUAUCAAGGGAGAGUACUUGGAUGAGACGGAUGUCGAUGAUGUUGUGGUUGCUCUUGUCAAUCUUGCUAGAAGGGGAGAAGUUGAAGAUUAUCAAAAUUCGAAAAGGAAGGAGUAUAAGAACUUUAAAGACAAUCUUGAAUUAUUCUGGGACAAUUUGAUUCGUGAGAGUCAACAUGGGCCAUUAUUUGAUCAGGUUUUGUUUGACAAGUGCAUGGACUAUAUAAUCGCACUAUCUUGCACUCCUCCAAGAGUCUACCGUCAAGUUGCUUCUUUGAUGGGGCUCCAACUUGUCACAUCCUUCAUAACUGUGGCUAAAAUGCUUGGUUCACAACGUGAAACUACUCGUAGACAGUUGGAUGCUGAAAAGAAGAAACGGACUGAGGGGCCUCGUGUGGAGUCUCUAAAUAAAAGGUUCUCAAUGACUCAUGAAAACAUAACAGUGUUAGAGGAGAUGAUGCGCAAAAUAUUCACUGGGUUAUUUGUCCAUCGUUACCGAGACAUUGACCCAAACAUUCGAACAUCAUGCAUACAGUCACUUGGGGCAUGGAUUUUGUCAUUCCCUUCACUGUUCUUGCAAGAUUUGUACUUAAAGUAUCUAGGGUGGACACUGAAUGAUAAAAAUGCUGGGGUGAGAAAAGCUUCUGUCCUUGCAUUGCAAAAUCUUUAUGAGGCGGAUGAUAAUGUGCCAACUCUUAGUCUAUUCACUGAAAGAUUUUCUAAUCGGAUGAUUGAGCUUGCUGACGACAUUGAUGUUUCUGUGGCUGUUUGUGCCAUAGGACUUGUAAAACAACUACUAAGACAUCAACUUAUACCAGAUGAUGACUUGGGUCCUCUCUAUGAUUUACUCAUUGAUGAUCCACCAGAAAUCAGGCAUGCCAUAGGAGCAUUAGUUUAUGAUCAUCUGAUUGCUCAAAAGUUUAGUACUUCCCAGUCUGAUUUAAAAGGCGAUGAUAGCAGUUCUUCAGAGGUCCAUCUUGGCAGAAUGCUGCAAAUUCUGAGAGAAUUUUCAACAGAUCCAAUUUUAAGCAUUUACGUCAUUGAUGAUGUUUGGGAGUAUAUGAAGGCUAUGAAGGAUUGGAAGUGUAUUAUCUCCAUUCUCUUGGAUGAGAAUCCGUUGAUUGAGCUUACUGAUGAGGAUGCAACAAACUUGGUUCGGCUUCUUUGUGCAUCUGUCAAAAAGGCUGUUGGAGAGAGGAUUGUCCCUGCUACUGAUAAUCGGAAGCAAUAUUACCCUAAAGCUCAAAAAGAAAUAUUUGAAAACAACAGACGGGAUAUUACUGUUGCCAUGAUGAAGUACUAUCCUUUGCUCUUACGCAAAUUCGUGGCAGACAAAGCAAAAAUGCCAUCACUAGUUGAGAUUAUUUUACAAAUGAAUCUUGAGCUUUAUUCCUUAAAGAGACAGGAGCAGAAUUUUAAAAAUGUCCUUCAGCUUAUGAAAGAGGCAUUUUUUAAGCAUGGUGAGAAGGAGGCACUGAGAUCUUGUGUGAGGGCUAUUAGCUUUUGCUCCACCGAGAGUCAAGGGGAGCUGCAGGAUUUUGCUCGUAAUAAAUUAAAGGAACUGGAGGAUGAACUUAUUGCUAAACUUAAAGCUGCAAUCAAAGAAGUAGCGGAUGGUGACGAUGAAUAUUCACUUCUUGUAAAUUCGAAAAGGUUGUAUGAGCUUCAAUUGUCAAGGGCCGUGCCUAUUGAGAGCUUAUAUGAUGAUAUUGUCAUGGUUCUCACUAGGUUUAGAAAUAUGGAAGAUGAGGUUGUCAGUUUUCUUCUUCUGAACAUGUAUUUGCAUUUGGCGUGGUGUCUGCACUCCAUUGUAAAUAGCGAAACUGUCUCUGAAGCAUCUUUAUCUUCUCUACUAUCUAAACGCACAACCUUUUUUGAGCAACUUCAGUACUUUCUCAACACCUUCGCUGAAGGGGAGAACGUGGGUAAAAAUGGAAAUCAGCUAGGUUGCAGGGUUUGUACUAUACUUGCCGAAGCAUGGUUUUUGUUUAGAAAGACAAAUUAUUCUUCUACGAAGCUGGAAAGACUAGGAUAUUGUCCUGAGGCUUCUACUCUUCAAAAGUUCUGGAAACUUUGUGAACAGCAGCUCAACAUUUCAGAUUCUUAUUCCUGCACAUUUCUUACAGACGAGACAGAAGAUGAAGAGGUGAACAAAGAGUAUGUUGAGGAGACAAAUAGAGAUGCAGUCAUGAUUGCUGCUGCAAAGUUGGUUGCUGGGGAUGCAGUUCCUAAGGAAUAUCUCGGUCCUGAGAUUAUAUCUCAUUUCGUUAUGCAUGGAACGGGUGUGGCAGAAAUUGUUAAGCAUCUGAUCACUGUUCUAAAGAAAAAAGAUCAUGACCUUUCCAAUAUCUUUCUUGAAGCACUGAAAAGGGCCUUCCAUCGGUAUAUGGCGGAACUUUCCUUAAGUGAGGACGAACCCUUGACUAGCAAGUCUUUUCUCGAGUGUAAAGAGCUGGCUACUCGGCUGUCUGGAACAUUCAUGGGCACUGCUCGGAAUAAGCAUAGAUCAGACAUCCUAAAAAUUGUCAAGGACGGUAUUGAAUAUGCUUUUGUAGAUGCUCCGAAGCAGUUGUCAUUUUUGGAAGGCGCCGUCCUCCAUUUCGUAUCCAAACUUCCUACACCUGAUGUGCUCGACAUUAUCAAGGAUGUCCAAAAACGUACAGAGAAUGUAAAUACAGAUGAAGAUCCCAGUGGCUGGCGCCCCUACCACACAUUUGUUGACAGUUUACGAGAGAAGUAUGCAAAGAAUGAAGGUUUUCAAGAGGAGAAAGAAGGGGCCACCGUAAGGCGCAGGGGUCGUCCCCCUAAGCGGCGUAAUAUAGAGGGAAAGAGACUUUUUGAUGAGCACAGUUCAAGUGAAGAGGAUUCAAUUAGUGCAUCCGACCGAGAAGAUGCUCAAGAUGAAGAGGAAGAGGAAGAUGCUCCUUUGAUACGUUCAGUUAGGCCAUCAUCCAAGUUGAGAGCAUUGAGACUUUCAAAAGAGGAAAACAAAGGCCGGACAAGGACAAGAGAUUCUGGAAGAGCAAGAGAUAAUGUAGCUGCAUCGACAUCAGGGGCCUCCAGCUAGUGACUAGAAGAACACUUCAGACUUGUUUAUACAAGCAAGCUACGGCAGCAUAGGUCCAAGUAAUCUCUAAUUAAAGUGUUGAUCAAAUGCAAAGCCGAGAUUUCUGGGAAAGACGGACUACCCCAUAAUUCCAAGCCUUGAAGCAGCUCUUCUCUUUCUUUGUUUUGUUUUAUGUUGUGAAAACCAGACGAGGAAAAAUUGUGGAGUUGGUCUGUGACAUGUCCAAUAUGUCUUAUCUUCAAGGAUAACUCGAUUCUAGUUUACGGCUUUCGCUCGCUCCUUUUUAAUACUCCAUCGGCAUUGGCCUAAAUCUGGUAUGAAACAAUUGAAACAUGAUCCAUGGAUGUAGUAGACUCUUGUAGCUUUAUUACGGAAGUAAGCUGAGUUGGUUUGGGUGUA